AUGGCACUUGGACUUAAAAAUGUUCACAAAAUGUUCCUUCAAGGCAGCAAACCACCGCCUCGAUACAUUGUCAAAGAAAGCAAAUUUGGGCUCGUUGACAGAUCCCCUCCAUUAGCUCCCAUUCCAACUAUCAAUCUAAGCCUUCUGUUGUCUUCAUCUCCAGCUCCUGAUGAAGAGCUAGAGAAACUAAGAUCCGCCCUUGAUUCAUGGGGUUGUUUUCUGAUGACGGGGCAUGGAAUUCCACCUUCAUACCUCAAGAAGGUACUCAAUGCUACAAAAGAGUUCUUUGAACUACCAAUUGAACAGAAGGAAAAGUACUCGAGGAGAUCUUCAAAUGAUGGUGAAGGCUAUGGAGGUGAUAUUAUAUUUUCUGAAAAACAAGUUCUUGAUUGGUCAAACCGUCUGGCUCUUAAAUUACUCCCUGAAGAUCAAAGAAGGCUGGAGCUUUGGCCAGAAAUACCGGAUGGUUUUAGGGAAAUCUUGCAUGAUUACCCUGUAAAGAUAAAGGGAAUCCUUGAUCUUCUGUUCAAAAUUAUGGCGAAGCUGUUGAAGUUGGAAGAGGAUAGCUUCUUAAACCAGUUUGGAGAAAGAGCAUUAUUGCUUGCAAGAUUCAAUUUUUAUCCACCUUGUCGGAAUCCUAAUGAAGUUCUUGGUCUGAAACCUCAUUCGGAUAAAUCCGGGGUGACUAUACUCUUACAAGAUGAUGAAGUUGAAGGCCUCCAAAUUUCCAAGGACCAUGAAUGGUUCAAAGUUCCUGUGGUACCUCAUGCAUUGGUUGUUAACAUUGGUGACCAAAUGCAGAUAAUGAGCAAUGGAAUAAUCAAGAGUCCAGUGCACAGAGUAGUAGUGAACCCCGAAAAGUUGAGGGUCUCAGUGUCCAUCUCCAAUGAAGCAGAACAAGAUAAAGAGAUUGGCCCUGUUCCUGAACUGGUAGAUGAGAAAAGACCAAGAUUGUACAGGAAUGUGAAGAACUAUGGUGCUAUAAAUUUGGAAUGCUUUCAGAAAGGAGAAGUUGCAAUCGAAACUGUUAGAAUUUAA